AUGUCGUCGAACGUAAAGGGGGGAACAAAUCAGAAUGAGAUCGGCACAACACGGUCGCUUGACGCCUGUAUCUAUGAUUUUUUGCAGAAGUCCAGCUUGAAUAAUACCGCGAGCGCCUUUGUGCAGGAGACAGGUAUCGAUGGAGCGUCGGGAUACGGAUUCGGGACCGAUGUUCCGCAGGGCUUUCUGUAUGAGUGGUGGCAGAUAUUCUGGGACCUGUUCAAUGCGAAGGCGCACCACGAAGGGUCCAUGAUCGCAAAACAGUAUUACCAAAUACUGGCGGAGCAGCAGAGAAAAGAAUAUGGUUACAGAUCAGCCGCUCUACAGGCUGCCAGGAUGCAGUUUCUGGCGGAGGAGAACGGGGAAUUGAACGGUGAGAGGAUCGAUCCGGCAGCGUUUUCGAUGCACGCAGGAGUAUACCCUCAUUUUCCUGUGGCUCCGACUGGCAGCCGAAAUGAGAGCGGCAGCAACGGUAGUUACAGUGCCAGUGCCAGUGCCGGUGGAAACUUCAGCGGUGGGAUCGGGUUGGGGUCUUUUCCAGUGCCUGCCGGUAUACCCUUUAUGCCACUGCAGGGAUUUGCAAACAUUUCUGGCCGGCCAGUAUAUGCAAACCAAUGCUUCCCCGUUGUGUCAAAUGACUCCCAUACCGCUGCAGUUACCACACCGGGGAAUGUGAAAACAUCAACAACUACUAUAGCAACGCCAAUCACUAACUCCGUAAGUAAUAAUAAGCAGCCAGGAUUAAAAAGGAGGGCUUCUACAAAUACGAAUAAUGUGACAUCUGGUACGAAUGAUUUCAAAUGUCCAAAAGUUUCUAAUAGUACACAUUCUACACCCUACGAGUCUCAGAGGGGACUUGUACCAAUGAAUAAGUCAAACCCCGAUAUGCUACAUAAUUAUCAAAGACAAUUCGCCGUGUUGGAAUCUGAAAAUAUAAAAAAGUCAAGUCCAUCGCCACUGAGUAACGGUUUCAGUGCGACAACCAAUAAUACGAGCGAUCAGAAUAAUGAGCAUGGCAAUAAUAAUAGUGGCAAUAAUAACAGUGGCACCAAUAACAGUAGUAGUAGUAACAGUAGCAAUAGUAAUAACGGUGCUAUUGACAAAAAAAACAUGCAGCCUCCGUAUGCAAGCAUGUCGCCUUACAAUGUGCCCACGUUGUCGCCAAAUACUCAAAAUGGUACCAACAAUUCCAAUCAAUCGAAAUCUAUAUCAUCAAGGACAAAAUCAAUUUCAAAUGUUAUCAUACCGUCUAAUAGAUCUACGCAAAAUACAAUCUCAGAAAAUAGUUAUUUUCAAUACAGUCCAGUAACACCUAUGACAGUCAAUAGUUCCAAUGAUAUUGCUUCGUGCAAUAGCGGUAAAAAUGUACACAGUUCGUUAUCUACAGUUACUGAGGUACUGUUGACAAAUUCACCAAACAAUUCUCCUGAUAUCACAGCUACAAAUAAAAAAGUUAGAAAAGUACGAAGUUCAAAAAAAUCAAAACAAUCUCCGACUAAUAAUCAAAAUGGUAAUUUCAAGUUUAUCUCAUCAAAUUCUGUGCCAACACCACCUAAUGAGUCUUCUCAGAAAUCUCAGUACAGAAUUUUUAACAAGAAUCAAACAAAAAAAAAUACUACCUCCACCGUAGUAACUGCCGUGAAUCCAUCAGCCGCAGCAGCUUUAGCAUCAAAAUCUAAUAAAUUAGUUUCCAAAUCCUCGACAGAAGAAAGUCCACAGCUGAUUGAUGAUAAUUCAAGUACUACUCCUACUUUUUUAAAUGCAAUGUGGAAUGCCAACGGCAAGACUCAAACAGCCUCUCAGGCAAAUUUUUCCUUUGUUGGAGAUACUAUCAGCUCAGCUGGAGCAGCAAGUUCGUUGGUAAACACUGACAAUACAUUAGGAUGUAGCAGCAGUAGUGCAGUAUCGAAUCAUUUUAGUGAAAACGAAGCUGAUGAUUUAUUAGCUAUGAAAUCGAUUUUAGCUAUACAAGAUUCACAUGAUACAGAGAGCAAAAAAUUUUAA